CCCGCGCCAUUCUCCCAAAAAUAACAAACUCACACUCGUUAUCCUCGUCAACAUCGCUUAUUUUAACAACACGACGACUUCAAAAAUCAACUCCACACCUUACUUCUUCUUCUAUUUUUUAUAAUAAUAAUAAUAAUAAAAAUAAAAUCAAAUACGUUUCCUCCUGCUGUUUAUAUACUCCCCGUAAAUUCCGCUUAUUUUCAUCGGCAAUGGGAUCUUUAUCACUCUCAGAUGAGCCUCUCAGUUACCCUACUUUCCGCCGUGAUGAAUCCGUCGUUGAUACUUACCACGGCGUUCCUGUUCCCGAUCCUUAUCGUUGGCUUGAAGAUCCUGAUGCGGAAGAGGUGAAAGAAUUUGUGAAAAAACAAGUGGAUUUGACUGAAUCUGUACUUAAGAAGUGCGAAACAAGGGGAAAACUUCAUGAAAAGCUUACUAAGUACUAUGACUACCCUAAGUAUGGUGCACCAUUUAGAGAAGCUGAUAAAUACUUUUACUUUUACAAUUCUGGACUUCAACCGCAGAAAGUGCUCUACAUGCAGGAUAGUUUGGAUGGAGAGGCAGAGGUUUUGCUUGAUCCAAAUGGACUAAGUGAUGAUGGAACGAUAUCUUUGAGUACAUAUGCUGUUAGUGAGGAUGCCAAGUACUUGGCUUAUGCUCUCAGUUCGAGUGGAAGUGAUUGGGUCACCGUCAAAGUAAUGGAGAUCGAAGACAAAAAUGUUUUGCCUGAUACAUUGUCAUGGGUCAAAUUUUCGGGUAUUAGUUGGACAAAUGAUAGCAAGGGUUUCUUUUACAGUCGCUACCCAGCUCCAAAGGAAGGAGAAAAUUUGGAUGCUGGGACAGAGACAAAUGUGAACCUUGAUCAUCAACUUUACUAUCAUUACUUAGGUACAGAUCAAUCUGAGGAUAUCUUGUGUUGGGAAAAUCCUGAUAAUCCACAGCACACACUUGGAGCGUCUGUGACAGAAGAUGGAAAGUUUGUUCUUCUUUAUAUCAAUGAGGACUGUGAUCCUGUCAACAAACUUUAUUACUGUGACCUAUCUACUCUGCCUAGUGGGAUUAAGGGGUGCAAAGAAAAGAAAUGCCUUCCUUUCAUUAAACUUAUCGACAAUUUUGAAGCAAUGUAUCAAGCAAUUGCAAAUGAUGACACUGUUUUCACUCUUCUGACAAAUAAAGAUGCUCCAAAGUACAGGUUGGUUCGAGUAGAUCUUAAGGAGCCAAGCAUAUGGACUGAGGUCAUUUCACAAGCUGAGAAUGAUGUUCUUGAUUCCGCUGUUGCUGUUAAUGGCAACCAACUUAUUGUGAGUUAUAUGAGUGAUUGCAAGCACAUACUACAGAUGAGGGAUUUACAAAGUGGGUCCCUUUUGCAUAAAUUGCCCAUCAGCAUCGGUAGUGUGGAUGAUGUUAGUGCCCGGCGUAAAGAUAGCUUAUUUUUUAUUGCCUUCACAAGUUUCCUUACUCCUGGCACGAUAUACCAGUGCAACUUAGAAAGUGGGGUUCCAGAUUUGAAGAUUUUUCGUGAAAUUGUUGUUCCUGGAUUUGAUCCGGCAGAGUUUCAAGUCAGUCAGGUUUUUGUGCCCAGUAAAGAUGGUAGUACCCAGAUACCAAUGUUCGUUGUGGCUAGAAAGGAUAUAGUUUUGGAUAGAUCACAUCCAUGUUUAUUAUACGGAUAUGGUGGAUUUAAUAUUAGUCUGACACCAUACUUUAGUGUGAGUCGUGUUGUACUGAUGAGGCAUUUAGGUGUAGUCUUUUGCAUUGCUAACAUUCGUGGUGGUGGGGAAUAUGGAGAAGAAUGGCAUAAAGAUGGUUCUCUUGCAAAGAAGCAGAACUGUUUUGAUGACUUCAUUUCUAGUGCUGAAUUUCUUGUAUCUUCGGGUUAUACCCAACCUAAAAAGUUAGCAAUCGAAGGUGGAAGCAAUGGUGGGCUCCUUAUCGGGGCUUGCAUUAAUCAGAGGCCUGAUCUCUUUGGUUGCGCACUUGCUCAUGUUGGUGUUAUGGACAUGCUUAGGUUUCACAAGUUUACAAUCGGUCAUGCGUGGACAUCUGACUAUGGAUGUUCAGAUAAGGAAGAAGACUUCCAGUGGUUAAUUAAGUAUUCGCCACUGCAUAAUGUCAGGAGACCAUGGGAGCAGUCCACUGAUAACUCUUGCCAAUAUCCUCCUACCUUGUUAUUGACUGCCGAUCAUGAUGACAGGGUUGUGCCCUUGCAUACUUUAAAACUAUUGGCGACCAUGCAAUAUAUACUGUGCACGAGCUUGGAGAAUAGCCCACAGACCAACCCGAUUCUUGGCAGAAUUGAUGUAAAGGCUGGCCAUGGAGCUGGACGUCCCACAAAGAAAGUGAUUGACGAAUGGGCGGAUUCGUACAGCUUCAUGGCUAAAGUGGUUGGUGCAACCUGGAUCGAUUAAAUAACUUCGGUGCAGUAAAAAAGGUAUUAUCAGCAGCACUAUACAGUCAGUUGUAAAUUCCAAUUUAGUGCAACCGACAUGUGCUGGUUGUCUCAGUGGACUUUUUGAUCCUAUUUCUAUAUCCAUUUCAUCAGCUAAAGCAACUGUUAAUUUAUAUUUUAUUUCUUUUACAUGAUCUUAUCUAUCGAAUAUCAAAAACUAGCAACAUUUAUACAAAACUAGCAAGACAUGGGAGAUAGCCGUUUAUAUC